GGGGUUCACAGCUCUGAUAUUCUCCUCACUUUCGGAGACCCAGACAGAGAGCAACUCCCCAGCGGGUAUCCUAACAGAGCCUAACUUUGACUCGAGCAGAACUGACUGGGUCUCCAAGAAUCAGCACCUUGGACAGCGACGCACUCAGCGGCUCUCACGCGCCGCUCAGCCGAGGGAGAGCGCACAGAGCCCGGGCACCCAUCAGCUCCCCUCCCGCUCAGGAUAUGGUGCUUCCCUGCCACGGCUCCCCGAAGGGUCGCAAUGGGCUUUAGUUUGUCCAUUGCAUACUAACAGCCGAGAAAUGCCCUUGACAACAGUCUGCACAGAGUUGUAUUCAGCAUGACGGCGGCACAGGAGACUGAGCGAGCAGGGGAAGACUCGGCGGCGAAACUUACACAAGACUAAACCCUUGCAUGUUUAUUACCCACAGUUGAAGUGUCUUUGCCAAAACACAAGACUUGACUUGUUCACACUACCAUGGGGAUAAGGCACCUUUUGUUGCUGCUGAUAUACCUGGACCCGCUGUGCGUGCUGAGCGCCGCUACAGGCGGUAAAAAACCCAAGCAGGGGGGGCCAAGAAAACCAAGACCCACCACGGUCCCCACGGUCGUCCCGCCGAAGACCCCGCCGCCGCCGCCGCCCGCUAAAGAUCACGACACAUGCCUGGGCUACUACGACGUUAGCGGGCAGUAUGACAAAAUGUUCGAGUGCAACAACACGAACCACCGGUACUGCUGCGGGACGUGUUACCUGCGCUUCUGCUGCGAGUACAAGAAAGACCGGCUGGAUCAGAAAGCCUGCAAGAACUACCAAACACCGGUGUGGGUGCAGACGGCCGCCCCGUCGCCCAUCCCGACCGGUGAAACGUACGAUCCGAGCAUGGAUCAGACGAACACGGCGGUCUAUAUCACCUGUGGGAUCAUAGCCUUCAUCAUAGUGUUGGGAGUGUCGGUGAAAGUUGCGUAUGACAAAGCUACAGAGCCGCCUCAGGAAAUGAAUAUACACAGGGCCCUUGCAGACAUCCUGAGGCAGCAGGGGCCCAUCCCCAUAUCACAAUAUGACUGCGAGAAUUUCGCAGCGAUGAACGGCUCACCCAAAGACAACACACCAGUCAGAACCUCAUCCAAGAACCACUACACCCCUGUUCACACCUCCAAAUCCAACCAUGGUCUCCACUAUGGGAAGGAGAGCAUCCGCAGCAGUGGAGGCGCUGACCUUCACAACUUCAUCUCCUCUGGCUUUGUGACAUUGGGUCGCGGCCAUCAGAAAGGAGAAAAACAUUGGCCGGUCCGCUCCCAGAGUCACCAUGGUACCCAUCAACACAGCUAUAACCAUGUGGCUUUAGGUAGCCCUACACGCACACCUAAGAAUGCUCACCGAUCAUUGAGACGUGAAAACAAUCGGAUAAGCGGCAUCCUGACCUCGCAGACGGAGCCCUACGACCUGUCUUUCUCACGCUCCUUCCAGAGCCUGUCACACCUGCCGCCCUCCUAUGAGGCGGCCGUCAAAGCCGACCUCAGCCGGUUCUCAUCCCUGAAGAAACUCACAGAUAAAGAAGUCGAGGACUACUACACUCGUAAGCGCCACCUGCCCGACCUGGCAGCAAGAGGCACUCUUCCCUUGCAUGUUCUCAAAAUGAGUCAAGAACAGCACCGGGAACAGCAGCAGCUCCAGAGCCAGGCCCCGCAGUCCUCCAUCUCCCAGGCACCUUCCCAGUCACAGUCUUCACAGCAGUCUCAGCAAAGGCAGAGGCCUCGUCGCGUCCAGAGGGCCAUGUCCCAGGAUCGCGUCCUGUCCCCACAGAGAGCCCCACAGCAGGAUUAUAGCAUGUCCUCUAAUGGUAUGUCCCCAUACGGAGGCAGGAUCCUCUCAGACGAACAGCUCCUGUCUGCCGAACGCCUUCGAUCCCAGGAGCGUCUUCUUCCACAGGACCGCCACACCUCCCAAGAUCGUCUGUACUCCAAGGACCGCAUAUACUCCAAGGACCGACUCCUGUCGCAGGAUCACCUCUACUCAAAAGACCGCCACUACUCUCAAGAACGCCUCUAUUCACAAGAUCGCCUGUACUCACAAGACCGCCUCCUAUCCCAGGAUCCCCUGCUCUCCCCGGACAAGCUGAUGUUGUCGCUGAAGCGCGGCAUGGUUAGCAGCAUCUCCGGCGGGUUCCGGGGCAGCGAUAAGUCAAUGUCGCGUGCCAUCUCGCACACAGAUGUGUUCAUACCAACCACGCCACUUAUGGAUCGCUACAAGAUGACCAAAAUGCACUCCCAUCCCAGUGCCUCUAACAAUGGUGGUGGUGGCGGCGGCGGCGGCGGCGGCAGUGGCGGUGGCGGCAGCAGCAGCGGGGCAGCAGGAGCGGGAAGCACCGGGCACUCCAACACUUUAGCCAUGAAUCAGACAGUAAACAAGAGGCAGGCGUUUGCCUCCAGACGGACUCACACUGUGGAACAGCUCCACUACAUCCCACCGCACCACCAGCAGCAGCAGCAGCAGCAGCAACAACAACAGCCACAGCACUACCGCACAGGAAGCAAGACUGAAGUGACUGUGUAACGGCAGCCAGGACUACCUGAACUGCACUGGAAGGAGCACUGUUGUGUGCCAGGGGGGUGGGGUUGAUUGAGGUAUGUGGGUACACUGGCCUUCUUUAAGAGUAGGAUGGUGGCGAUUUCACUUUCUUUGACUGAGGUUCCUGCAAAGUCAGACAUUCCAGGACCAAGAACAUCCACUAGCUUACUGUGAGAGACCGGAAAAACGAGCUACACUGUACACCGUAUACACAGGCCCAGCUAGAUCUGAAGCCAGAGAGGGUUGUGGAUGGGGGAGGUGUGGUAUUAUCCAGCUAACUUGCCUAUUAUUUCCACUGUCUUGAUUACCCUAUUCAUCCACAGGCUACAGCCUCAUUCUGUGUAUGUUUUAGUGAGAAAACACUGAUUGUGUCUGUUUAAGCCUUUAUCGGCCCCCUUUGUCCAACAAAUCUACUCUGUGACCUUUUCUGGCAAAUCUUAAAGGGCUUUGCAUGGUUAAACACAUAGACCGACUCCUCCGUGACUUCUGUUGUGCAACACAACACCACCACAGGUGAUGAACAAGGUUGAGCCUGUAAUAACUUUAUAAAUAUAUAAAUAAAUGAAUAAAAAAACAACCAUUUGUACGCCCUGUCCGACUCAUAGCUCUAGUGAAUCUCAAUGAGAGAAAUUGAAAUGGAUGUUAUUAGCACUUCUAUUCGGUGCCUCUGACAGAUGUUCCAUUUCUAAAAAUGAAGUGGUUUUGUGGGUUACAAAGCACAAUCAAUAAAAAAAUAUUCUGUUCUUUUUAUGAUUUUGUUUUUGAGUUUGAAUAGUGAUGGCUAGCUUGUUUUGUUCUUAAAGCAAUGGCAGGUUUUUUUGCUUCCAGUAGACGAUUGUAAAUAAGCUAUUCUAGAAGCAGUACUAUGGACAAGUCUGUACUGGAUGGACUUUGUAUUAGACUGUCUGUUUUCAAUAGAUUCUUAAAAAAAACAACUAUAAAUCAUCACUGUUUCGUGAGCUCAGAAUAGAAACCCACUUAACCAAGUAUUUGACAGGAUAAAUUAAUACUCUACUGUGUGUGUCUUUGCAAAACUGUUUGUAGGACGAGAAGUGAAUGAAUGUGUCGUUGAUAACAGAUAUACCACUGUUCAUAUUUGGAUGUAGACUGUGUUCCAUUGACAUCUGAGGAGUUGAACAUCAUGGAAAUGGAUUAUAAUGCUUGUUAUAGUAGGGUCAAAUAAACCAUCCAUAUUUUUCUAAACAUU